UCCGGCAGCUCCCGGCAGCGACCGGCUCACUUGGCCAGCGCUGCGCUGCGGGGAGGGCGGCUCUGCGAAGCCGCAAGUCCUCCCGCCGCGCUCCGGACCUAGCAUGGCUUUCGCCAAUUUCCGCCGCAUCUUGCGCUUGUCCAACUUCGAGAAGAGAAAGUCCCGGGAAUAUGAGCACGUCCGCCGGGACCUGGACCCCAACGACGUGUGGGAGAUUGUGGGCGAGCUGGGCGAUGGCGCCUUCGGCAAAGUCUACAAGGCCAAAAACAAGGAGACCGGUGCUUUGGCAGCAGCCAAAGUCAUUGAGACCAAGAGCGAGGAGGAGCUGGAGGACUACAUUGUGGAGAUUGAGAUCCUGGCCACCUGCGACCACCCGUACAUCGUGAAGCUCCUGGGGGCCUAUUACUAUGAUGGGAAGCUGUGGAUCAUGAUUGAGUUCUGCCCUGGGGGAGCUGUGGAUGCCAUCAUGCUGGAGCUAGACCGAGGCCUCACCGAGCCCCAGAUUCAGGUCGUAUGCCGCCAGAUGCUGGAGGCGCUCGACUUCCUGCAUGGCAAGAGGAUCAUCCACCGCGAUCUGAAAGCCGGCAAUGUGCUUAUGACCCUUGAGGGGGACAUCAGGCUGGCUGACUUUGGUGUGUCUGCCAAGAAUCUGAAAACUCUGCAAAAGCGAGAUUCCUUCAUAGGAACGCCUUACUGGAUGGCCCCUGAGGUGGUGCUCUGUGAGACCAUGAAGGACGCCCCCUAUGACUACAAGGCUGACAUCUGGUCCUUGGGCAUCACGCUGAUCGAGAUGGCGCAGAUCGAGCCGCCACACCACGAGCUCAACCCCAUGCGGGUCCUGCUCAAGAUCGCCAAGUCAGACCCUCCCACACUGCUCACGCCCUCCAAGUGGUCCGUGGAGUUCCGAGACUUUCUGAAGAUAGCGUUGGAUAAGAACCCAGAGACCCGGCCCAGCGCUGCGCAACUGCUGGAGCACCCCUUCGUCAGCACCAUCACCAGCAACAAGGCUCUUCGGGAGCUGGUGGCUGAGGCAAAGGCCGAGGUGAUGGAGGAGAUCGAGGAUGCCAGGGAUGACGGCAAGGAUGACGGCAAGGAUGACGGAGAGGAGGAGGAUGCUGUGGAUGCCACCUUGCCCCUGGUCAACCACACUCAGGACUCUGCUGCUGCAACUGAGCCGACCCUCAACUCGGACAAGCCUCCCCAGGAUUCUUGUGCCACCCUGCCUCCCAGUCAGCCUCAGGAGCCUGUGAACGGGCCCUGUAGCCAGCCUUCAGAGGGUGAAUCCCUCCAAACCACCAGCCCUGCAGAUGUGGUCCCCAAGAGUGAUGAUGAUUUCAAGGUACCUGUUCCCCUCCGGAAGUCCCGACCAUUGUCCAUGGAUGCCGGAAUUCAGGUAGCCGAAGAGAAACAAGUCACUGGCCAGGCUGAGGACCCCAGUCCUGUGGCUAGCAAGUCCCAAAAGGCAGGCCACAGCCGCCCUAACAGCAGCGCCCUGGAGACCUUGGGUGGAGAGAAGCUGACCAAUGGUGGCCUGGGGCUCCCCAGCUCUGGAGCUCCAAGCCAUGUUAAGAGGGCUUCAGACUGCAGCAGCCUGUCUACCUCGGAGAGCAUGGACUAUGGCACCUCUCUGUCUGCCGACCUGUCACUGAACAAAGAAACGGGCUCAUUGUCUCUCAAGGGCUCAAAACUGCACAACAAGACCCUGAAGCGGACCCGCAGGUUUGUGGUGGACGGUGUGGAGGUGAGCAUCACCACCUCCAAGAUCAUCAGUGAAGAUGAGAAGAAAGACGAGGAGAUGAGAUUUCUCAGGCGCCAGGAACUCCGAGAGCUUCGGCUGCUGCAGAAAGAAGAACAUCGGAACCAGACCCAGCUGAGCAACAAGCACGAGCUGCAGCUGGAGCAAAUGCACAAACGUUUUGAACAAGAAAUCAAUGCCAAGAAGAAAUUCUAUGACGUGGAGCUAGAGAACCUGGAGCGGCAGCAGAAGCAGCAAGUGGAGAAGAUGGAGCAGGACCACGGCGUGCGCCGCAAGGAAGAGGCCAAGAGGAUCCGCCUGGAGCAGGAUCGAGACUACGCCAAGUUCCAAGAGCAACUCAAGCAGAUGAAGAAGGAGGUGAAGAAUGAGGUUGAGAAACUGCCCCGGCAGCAGCGGAAAGAGAGCAUGAGGCAGAAGAUGGAAGAACACUCGCAGAAGAAGCAACUGCUUGACCGAGACUUUGUAGCCAAGCAGAAGGAGGACCUGGAGCUGGCCAUGAAGAAGCUCACCAUAGAAAACAGGCGUGAGAUCUGUGACAAGGAGCGGGAGUGCCUCAGCAAGAAGCAGGAGCUCCUCCGAGACCGUGAGGCGGCCCUGUGGGAGAUGGAGGAGCACCAGUUGCAGGAGCGGCAUCAGCUGGUGAAGCAGCAACUUAAGGACCAGUACUUCCUGCAGCGGCAUGAACUGUUGCGCAAGCAUGAGAAGGAACGGGAGCAGAUGCAGCGCUACAACCAGCGGAUGAUGGAGCAGCUGAAGGUCAGGCAGCAGCAGGAGAAGGCGCGGCUGCCCAAGAUCCAGAGGAGCGACGGCAAGACGCGCAUGGCCAUGUACAAGAAGAGCCUGCACAUCAACGGGGCAGGCAGCGCCUCCGAGCAGCGCGAGAAGAUCAAGCAGUUCUCCCAGCAGGAGGAGAAGAGGCAGAAGGCGGAGAGGCUGCAGCAGCAGCAGAAACACGAGAACCAGAUGCGAGACAUGGUGGCCCAGUGCGAGAGCAACAUGAGCGAGCUGCAGCAGCUGCAGAAUGAAAAGUGUCACCUAUUGGUAGAGCAUGAAACCCAGAAGCUGAAGGCCCUGGAUGAGAGCCAUAACCAGAGCUUGAAGGAGUGGCGGGACAAGUUGCGGCCACGCAAGAAGGCCCUGGAAGAGGAUUUGAACCAGAAGAAGCGGGAGCAGGAAAUGUUCUUCAAAUUAAGCGAGGAGGCGGAGCCCAGACCCACUACACCCAACAGAGCCAGCAAGUUCUUCCCCUAUAGCCCUGGGGAUGCUUCCUAACAGCCCUUACAGCCCGUCCCUGGGCUGUGGUGGGCAACGUGGCAGCCUGGCCUCUGGGGUCUCCAAGGUUCUAUGAACAAGUGACUCAGGACCUCUUCCUCUUGCUUCUGUGCCAGCUCGAACCAGCCCCUCAGCCUGUAGUGCCUUGUUGUCCACGGAGCCACCCUGAUGCUUCUGGUGGAUGACUUCGACAGGACUCAGUUUCCCAUCACCUGGAAGUGAUUUGGGCUGUUGGGGUCAGGGGGCAUGAUGGGUGUACCCUCCCUCCUGUUUGCCAAAACACCAGCGCUACUGUGUGUGGGCACAAGCGCUACCAAUGACAUCACCGCGAACUCGUCCUUAUUGAAAUCCUUGUGGGUUUUUUUUUUUUUUUUUUGCAGUUCCCCACAGUGUCGGAAAACAUUCCUAACAGCCCCUAACAGCCACUCAGUUCUCAGCAGUCAGCUCUCAGGGGUCUCCUCAUGCCCUGCUUCCCCCAGCUUACUCUGUGCUUGAUGACUGUGCAUGUGGGGGGAAGGAGGCCAGAAAUGUUCAUCCUGCUGGCUCCUGGCAUUUUAUCCCAUCUCAUUUCUGUCUCCCUGUGCACAUACGUUCUCUCUCUCUCUCUCUCUCUCUCUCUCUCUCUCUCUCUCUCUCUCUCUCUCUCUCUCACACACACACACACACACACACACACACACACACACACACACAGACUUCCCCUCCUGACACCGCCCUGGCUGCCUCUGACCUGGCCUUCUAUGGAACCUGCUUGCUGCUUCCUGAGCCUGAUCCUGGGCCACUGAGCACGUCAGGUGGAGCAGCUGGUGGGGACAUGCUGAGUGCUGGCACCAGGACCCAGAGAAGGCACACGCUGUACUGCCAGCCUGCAACUCAUUUGGCUGCACGCAGGAUCCUAUGUUCAGGGUAAACUCCCCUCCACAGCCAACUUCUGCUGCCUAGCACAUGCCAGUCUCACCCUUGCCCACUUGUCUGCGGGUACCCUGGGAAGGCUCUUGCCCUUGGCCCUAGUCCUGUUCUGGAGUCCUACUGUACAUUUCAACUAAGCCUGGCGGUCCCUUGGAUUUCACUCUUCCCCCGGAAAUGCUUCCUGCCCUCAGGAACAUGCAGAAGCGAAGAUGCUGAGCCUCUGGGCCUCUGGCUUGCAAAGGUGGCCUCCUGAGAUGCUAAGUCCCACAGGCUACCAGGUGUCGUUACCCAGAAAAGCAGCUCUUCCACCCAGCCUGCGUUCACUGAUAAAGCAAACCUUUCUUGACUCUGAUGCAUGCCUAAGUGCUCCGUGACAGUACCCGUCAAUGGCGGGCUGCCUCAGGAAGAUGCCAGUUCCCAGUGAUGCUGCUGCUGCUGCUGCUGAAGACUCAGACAUUUGAGUCUGGUCGGCGGCUGAGACCUCAGCAGGAUGUCUCCAUCAGCUGCCCAGUGCCGAGGCAAUUCCCUGGAAAGUUUCCCCAGAUGAUAACCGGGUGCUAUGGAGGGAUUGGGCUAGAAAAAUAGGAAGACAGGUCUCAGGGCUCCCAGAUCGCGUGUGCCGUAAAGAAGCUCACAGAGUCCAGGAGGGUGAUAGUUCUCAGGGGAGUGAGCGUCAGCUUGCCUUCAGGUCUCGAACCGAGGGGUGGUGAGGAACAGUUGACGUUGUCCUCUCUGGUGCACAGUGGCUGAGAAACAUGAACUGGCAGAGUGCACCUGCAGGACCCAGAGACGGCAAGUGGGCGGGGCCGCUUGUCAUUGUUUACAGCCUGCUUGUUUUGCAUCUAGGGGACGGUGGCCAUCAGGCAAAAUGCCAGUUUUGUGGUUCGGGUAAAGUCUUUGAUCACUCCCCGACUUAUCAUUCACACUGUCCUUGUCCUUUGUCCGAUUGUUGCAUCCACAAUUAGUGCCACCUGAGCCCUGGUAGCUCUACUGUGCCUUUUUGAGCGGGGUCUAGCCUAGUCUUCCAACCUCAUCAUUUAGCAUAUGUGCAAUGCCUGCUGCAGACAUGGCCUACACAGUAUUCCUCGUGUCCUGUGCUAAUCUUUUCUGUAUAGGGACAGGCAGAAAUGUUUUUAUCUGAGUAAAUAGAACUAACUUAUAUUUCCCUUCAUGAAGGAUAGAUGUAACGUGUACGUCAUUUCCAACUGUCAUGUAGAAGUUUUGUAAGCUGUUCUCUGCAAACAAAAAAUGUAAAUAUGCUUCUAAUAAAAUAACAAGGUAAUUUGCA